AUGUAUUAUUUUACAGUUGUUGCCAAUGUCUUGGGAUGUCUGAAGCCGUGUACCAAGCUCUACAAGCCGAUUUGCGGCAGUGACGGCAAGACCUACGGCAACCAAUGCGAGCUGGACAACGCCAACUGCCUGAACGGUGGGCGGAUCAACGCGCUGUUUGAGGGGGACUGCAUCAAGGGCUGCUACAAGGGGGACGCCAACAGGACGUGUCCGGUCAAGGGUUGCCCCAGGUUGCUGAACCCUGUCUGCGGCAGCGACAACAACACCUACAACAACGACUGUCUCCUGGACGCGGCCAAUUGCGAUCUGCCGGCCGAUAAGAAGAUCACGGCUAAAUCCUGUGGCAGAUGUUCCUACACCUGCACCAAGCCCUGCCCCUUCCUGUGGGCGCCAGUCUGCGCCAGCGACGACCUGACCUACGCCAACAUGUGUGAGCUGGGCAACGCCAACUGCGGCAGAUCUGACGGCCAGAAGCUGACGGUCGUGGACUGCAUCAGGAAGUGCCGCAAGGUGGACGUACCCAGGCCGUGCCCGGUGGUCGGGUGCGGCCGGGAUUUGAACCCGGUGUGCGGGAGUGACGGCAGGACCUACAACAACGACUGUCUGCUGGACGCCGCCAACUGCGGACUGCCCGCGGCCCGUAAGGUCAAGGUCAAGUCCUGCGGGAAAUGCGCUUAAGAUAUCGGUCUGAUCGGUCUACGAUAAUGCUAUCACAGUGGUUCUUAACCUAGGGUCGAUCGAACCCUAGGGGUCCGGUGGAUCAGUCUCAGGGGUUCAGCAGAGGUCAAUAAACACAUUCGACUUAUAUGAUUCGUGAUCGCAUUUUGUUAGUGUGGACAAUAGACGUAUUCGGGGAAUGCGCAUAUGAAAAGUGUGGGGUUCGGUGCCACCAAAAAGGUUAAGAACCACUGCUUUAUCAUGAUAACAUUUUAUUUGUUAACACACGUUUGGUUAAAUUUCUUUAUUUAGUGUAAUAUAGGUAUAUACACACCUACUUGGGAUGGUAAAAAUGUCAAUAUUUAUAUUGGGUAAACUAUAUUCGUUCCAUCAACUAUAAAAAUGUGUUUUAGUAACUGAAACCCAUGUAUGUUUCUAAGAGUUUCAAUUACUGUCUAAGCUCUUUUAGCUCCAGCUGUGGGAGUUUAUCAUUUGUAUAAAGCUAUAGCUUGCAGUUUUAAAGUAUUUAUAGUUAUUAACUUUAUGUAAAAUCACACUUAUUUUCUACCAACAAAGCGCCUCCUAUCAGUUUUGAAAUGAUGCGUCCGUCUCUGUUAAAAAUGGUUCACAGUAAACAUGAAAGUAAUGUAAUGGACAACAACGAAUUAGACAAAAAGCCAUUCAUCGUUCUUUUUGACACGGAUAAAAUCGUGUUUUUUGUUGUUUUUUUUUUGUUGUUGUUGUUUUUUUUUCAAUUUGCCUUUAUAGCUGUCGUAAAAAAAAAAUGAAAAUGAAACAUUUUUCAGAAAUCAAUUAUUUCAUUGCGUGUAAUGCGACAUUUCCAUUAAUUUCUAUGGAGUCGAAAUCAUCAUCUGACUAUCACUUUCGCCAGCCAAGCUUUGAUUGAUUGCAAUAGAACUCUGUGAUCCAUUUUCUGAAAACCCCACUUUUUACUGAUAUGUACUCAAAAGUUUGACGUUGGUAUACGUAUGCCAUAUUUAUUUAUAUUUACAGUGUUAAAAUUAAAAAAAAAGACAAUUGUUUUAGGCAUGUUAAAACGAUUUUUUAAUUACCAAAAGGUUUAAAAACAUCGAAUACAUUUAAUCUUCAGUAAAGCUUGACAAAAAACUUUAGAAUAAAGUUGUAUAACUUCAAUUUAAAUAACACAGUACACGAUUUUUAAACAUGUAAUUGACCUUUCGAGAAUACUCUCGUUGUUGUCUACUAAUCAUAGCACAUAUUUUUUCUUUAUAAAACGCACAUUUUCUAGCAUGUUAUUUAUAUCUCGACGGACUUUGAAUUCUCAAUAAUUGCCUAAGUGAAGUAAUCUUUUAUAGUUUUAAAUUAUUGUUUCGAAUUUUACUGCACUUAAUUAUACAUCAUGACAAUUGUAGAUAUAUAUUGUUAGAAAU